ACUCAUACACACACACACACACUCAUACACACACACACACACACGUCUAGACGCGGAAAAACUGCACGCGGAGAGAUAAUCACGCAAAGGAAGUUUGUACAAUUAAAAAGAGAAAGACGUCUAUCAGAUGUUUGUCAGCAGAAGAUCUCAGCCGUGAUUCUGUGCGUCUCUUUCUAAGGCCCAUGGCAGUUCUGGGCGUUCAGAGAUGAGUCUGACACCCAUUCUUGAAGAAACGCUGAUCAAACGUUCUCAGCAGAAGAAACGGACGUCUCCGCUCAACUAUAAGGAGAGAGUGUUUGUGCUGACCAAGAGCAAGCUGACUUACUAUGAGCUCCGAGCCGAGAAGAGGUUCAAGAAGGGUUCGGUGGAUCUGCAGAGGAUCAGGUGUGUGGAGAUCGUGAAGAGCAGCACCACCAUCAUCCCCUGCCAGAACAAAUAUCCCUUCCAGGUUGUUCAUGAUUCCAUCAUGCUGUAUAUUUUUGCUCCCAGUAAUGAGAGUCGAAGCAUUUGGGUCCAGAACCUCAAGGAAGGGAUCAAGAAUAACGUUCAGAUCGCAGCUAAGUUCCACCCUCAGUUCUGGCAGGAGGGCGAAUGGCUGUGCUGCGGGCAGGUGGAUAAACUCGCUCCGGGCUGCGAGGGAUACAACCUGUUUGGAGACAUUUCACGCAAACCUCUUCCUCCUGUUCCUGGAGACGAGAGCAGCACGACACGCCGGCCCCCGCCGCCCCCCCCACCCGCAGGCGAGACGGCACAGGAAGAGGCGGACCCUCGAGAGGAAGUGGUCAUCGCGCUGUAUGACUUUGAGGGGCUGGAGCCGCAUGAUUUGACGCUGAUGAAGGGCGAGGAGUACGUGAUCCUGGAGAAGUGUGACAUGAACUGGUACAAAGCGCGGAACAAACACGGAGAGGAGGGCUACAUCCCGAGCAACUACGUGACUGAGAAGGAGUCAGACACGCUGGAGCAGUUCAUAUGGUUUUGUAAAAAUGUCAAUCGCAACAAAGCUGAAGAGCAGCUCAGGAAAGAGGCGAAAGAUGGUGGAUUUAUGGUUCGAGUGUCCAGCAAUACAGGGACGUACACUGUGUCACUGUACACCAGGAAUACAGCGGACGGAGCAGCUACAGUCAGACAUUACCAGAUUAAAGAAACAAAUGGCUCACCAAAACAGUUUUACCUGGCAGAGAAAUACAUCUUCAACAGCAUUCCUGAACUCAUAGAGUACCACAAACACAACGCCGCAGGUCUUGUUUCCAGGCUCCGUCAUCCUGUCGGCGAUCAGACGAGAGAAGCUCCUAAAACAGCAGGAUUCAGCUACGGUAACACAGUCACACACUACAGGCUGGAAUACACAUCAUCAACAUCAAUCUUAAAACACACUCUUAUGGCCUUUGAACAUGAUUACAGAGAGAAACUGAACGUCACACAAUAUAUGUUAGCUCAAAAUAUCAGACAUCCCAUUUACCUGGUGACGGAGUUCAUGGAGCUGGGCUGCCUGCUCAACUACCUGCGUCAGCGCAGAGGAACACUGGGAUCACAGGACCUGCUGGGAAUCUGCCACGAUGUCAGCCAGGGCAUGCAGCAUCUGGAGCAGAACGGCUUCAUCCACAGAGACCUGGCGGCCAGAAACUGCCUGGUCAACAGCUCGCUGGUGGUGAAGGUCUCAGACUUCGGGAUGACCAGGUACGUUCUGGACGAUCAGUACUGGAGUUCCUCCGGAGCCAAGUUCCCCGUCAAGUGGUCCGCGCCGGAAGUCUUCAACUUCUGCAAAUACAGCAGCAAAUCUGACGUCUGGUCGUUCGGUGUGCUGAUGUGGGAGGUGUUCACGGAGGGGAAGAUGCCGUUCGAACACAAUCAGAACCACGAGGUGGUGAUGAUGGUCACUCAGGGACACCGGCUCUACCGGCCCAAGAAAGCGGCUCCGCACAUCUACAGCGUCAUGAAGACGUGCUGGAUGGAGAAACCAGAUGAGCGGCCGAGCUUCACUGAGCUCUCACUGAUGAUCACAGACGAGCUGGAGGCCGACGGACCCGCAUCGUGAGCUCUGAUUGGAUGCCUGACGCUCCAAUCAGCGCUCUCCUCAUGAGCUCAUGACGGCUUCGCAACGGCUCAGGGCCGCGCCGCGGAUCCAGAUCUUCACCGGCCGUGCAGAAGGGCACGGGGCCCAAUGAGACGCUCCAGCGCUUGGUUCCUCCUCAUAUGAACCUGUAUUUAUGACUGUGACCGAGUCAGUCUGAAUGUACGUGUGUCGAUCUGCUGUAAAGUGUCAAAUAAACCUCAGA